AUGGCGGAAAACAAAGGAGGCGGCGGCGGCGGGGACGCGGCCGCCGAGGCCGCGCCGGGCGGCGGCGGCGGCCUGGAGCCUCCCGCCGGCUCGCCGUCCGCCGCCGCGCCGCCCGAGGAGCGCGAGAGCCCCGGGGCGGCGGCGGCGGAGCGCGGCGGCGGCGAGGCCGAGGCCGAGGCGGCGGCGGGGCCCGGUGCGGCGGCGGGGCCCGGCCCCAGCCCGGUGCCGCCGCUGACGCCCGCGGCGCCGGGGCCGUUCUCGCUGCUGGACACGUGCGCGGUGUGCGCGCAGAGCCUGCAGAGCCGGCGGGAGGCCGAGCCCAAGCUGCUGCCCUGCCUGCACUCCUUCUGCCGCCGCUGCCUGCCCGAGCCCGAGCGCCAGCUCACCGUGCCCGUGCCCGGCGGCGCCAACGGCGACGUGCAGCAAGUGGGGGUGAUCCGGUGCCCGAUCUGCCGCCAGGAGUGCCGGCAGAUCGACCUGGUGGACAACUACUUUGUGAAGGACACCUCGGAGAGCCCCAGCAGCUCCGACGAGAAGUCAGAGCAGGUGUGUACCAGCUGUGAGGACAACGCCAGCGCCGUGGGUUUCUGUGUGGAGUGUGGGGAGUGGCUGUGUAAGACCUGCAUCGAGGCUCACCAGCGAGUAAAGUUUACUAAGGAUCACAUGAUCAGGAAAAAAGAGGAUGUGUCGUCAGAGGCCGUGGGAGCAUCUGGUCAACGUCCUGUUUUCUGCCCUGUCCACAAACAAGAGCAGUUAAAACUUUUCUGUGAAACCUGUGACAGGCUGACAUGCAGGGACUGUCAGUUACUGGAACACAAAGAACACAGGUACCAGUUCCUGGAAGAAGCUUUUCAGAACCAGAAGGGUGCAAUUGAGAACCUGUUGGCCAAACUUCUGGAGAAGAAGAAUUAUGUAAAUUUUGCAGCUGCCCAAGUUCAAAAUAGGAUAAAAGAAGUAAAUGAAACCAACAAACGAGUAGAGCAGGAAAUCAAAGUGGCUAUAUUCACCCUCAUCAAUGAAAUCAAUAAAAAGGGAAAAUCUCUCCUACAGCACCUUGAGAACGUAACAAAGGAGAGGCAGAUGAAGCUGAUCCAGCAGCAGAACGACAUCACUGGUCUGUCACGACAAGUGAAGCACGUGAUGAACUUCACUAAUUGGGCCAUCGCCAGCGGCAGCAGCACUGCCCUGCUCUACAGCAAGCGCCUGAUAACGUUCCAGCUGAGGCACAUCCUGAAGGCACGCUGCGAUCCCGUCCCCGCUGCCAACGGAGCCAUCCGCUUCCACUGUGACCCCACCUUCUGGGCUAAGAAUGUUGUCAAUUUGGGUAACCUGGUCAUUGAAAAUAAACCAACCCCUAGUUACACUCCCAAUGUAGUGGUUGGGCAGACUCCUCCAGGAACAAACCACGUCAGCAAAGCUCCAGGACAAAUCAAUCUGGCCCAGCUUCGACUGCAGCACAUGCAGCAGCAAGUGUAUGCCCAAAAACACCAGCAGCUGCAGCAGAUGAGGAUGGCCCAGCCAUCCUCUGCAUCCGUGCCCAGGCAGAGCAGCCCCCAAGUCCUGCAGCAGCAGCCUCCCAGGUUGAUCAGCAUGCAGACCAUGCAGAGGGGUAACAUGAACUGUGGGGCUUUCCAAGCACAUCAGAUGAGAAUGGCUCAGAAUGCUGCUCGUAUACCAGGAAUCCCACGCCACAAUGGACCUCAAUACUCCAUGAUGCAACCUCACCUUCAAAGACAACACUCCAACCCCGGCCACGCCGGGCCCUUCCCGGUGGUCUCCGUGCACAACACCACCAUCAACCCCACCAGCCCCACCACGGCCACCAUGGCCAGCGCCAACCGUGGCCCCACCAGCCCGUCCGUGUCGGCCAUCGAGCUCAUCCCGUCCGUCACCAACCCGGAGAACCUGCCCUCCCUGCCGGACAUCCCCCCCAUCCAGCUGGAAGAUGCUGGUUCCAGUAGUUUAGAUAAUCUGCUAAGUAGAUACAUCACAGGCAGCCACCUCCCCCCACAGCCUACAAGCACCAUGAAUCCCUCCCCAGGACCUUCAGCUCUGUCUCCAGGGUCAUCAGGUUUAUCCAACUCCCACACCCCUGUGAGGCCUCCCAGCACCUCCAGCACAGGCAGCAGAGGAAGCUGUGGCUCCUCGGGCAGGACUGCUGACAAAACUGGCAUUGGCUUCAAGGCUGACCAAGUGAAAGUAAAGCAAGAGCCAGGCACAGAGGAAGAGAUCUGCAGUUUCUCAGGAACAGUAAAGCAGGAGAAAACAGAGGACGGCAGAAGGAGUGCUUGCAUGCUCAGCAGCCCCGAGAGCAGCUUGACACCACCACUGUCCACUAACUUACACCUGGAGAGUGAACUGGAAGCUUUGGGAAGCCUGGAAAACCACGUGAAGACAGAGCCAGCAGAUCUGAGUGAGAGCUGCAAGCAGCCUGGGCACAGCCUGGUGAACGGGAAAUCGCCCGUGCGGAGCCUCAUGCACCGCUCGGCCCGAGUGGCAGGAGAGGGCAACAACAAGGAUGACGACCCCAACGAGGACUGGUGUGCUGUGUGCCAGAACGGGGGGGACCUGCUGUGCUGUGAGAAGUGCCCCAAGGUGUUCCACCUCACCUGCCACGUCCCCACGCUCCUCAGCUUCCCCAGUGGAGAGUGGAUAUGUACAUUCUGCAGAGACCUGAGCAAACCUGAAGUGGAAUAUGAUUGUGACAAUUCCCAGCACAGCAAGAAGGGCAAGACAGCACAAGGCCUGAGUCCCAUGGACCAAAGGAAAUGUGAACGCCUCCUGCUUUACCUGUACUGCCACGAGCUGAGCAUUGAGUUCCAAGAGCCAGUCCCAGCCUCGAUACCAAACUACUACAAAAUCAUAAAGAAACCAAUGGAUUUAUCCACGGUGAAGAAGAAACUGCAGAAGAAGCAUUCCCAACACUACCAGACCCCCGAGGACUUCGUGGCUGAUGUCCGGUUGAUCUUCAAGAACUGUGAAAGGUUUAAUGAAAUGAUGAAAGUUGUUCAAGUUUAUGCAGAAACACAAGAGAUUAAUUUGAAGGCUGAUUCAGAAGUAGCACAGGCAGGGAAGGCAGUUGCAUUGUACUUUGAAGAUAAACUUACAGAGAUCUACUCAGACAGGACCUUCCAGCCUUUGCCUGAAUUUGAGCAGGAAGAGGAUGAUGGUGAAAUAACUGAGGACUCCGAUGAAGAUUUUAUACAACCACGUAGAAAACGCCUAAAAUCAGAUGAGAGACCAGUGCAUAUAAAGUAAUCUAAUGAUAUGGACCUAAAAUUUAUUGUAAAAACUGUUAUUUAAGUGUUCCUGGAAUAUUAUCAUGCCUACAGUGGCCAUCUUGCAGAAGCUGAUAGCUUUUUAAACAGUAUUAGAUAACAAAAAACACUUGUACAGAAAAACAUUCGCAUCAAAAGGGGAAAAAACCUGUAUUGUAAAUUUUUGGUGGUUUGUAUUUUUUUUUUUUCCUUGAUUACUUGCUAUAUUAUUUCUUUUCCUGAUGGAGGGGACACACUCAUCCUGGUCUCACAGACAGAGGUGGAGGAAUGUUGAAGAGAAGCAGAUUUGAUAGGAGAUGUUCCGUGUACAGAUGAGACUGUAGUGACAUGACCUGCAGGACUGGACCCACUCAGUGACUGUGUCUUGCAUUACACUGCAGUGUAAACUGUGAGCAGAGCUCCUGAAAUCCCCUCUGUGUCCACUCGAGUGUGUGUUGGUCGUUGCUUUGAUCAUCCCAUUGAAGCAGGACUGUGAAUAACUGAUCUGUGUCCAUCCAGCUGUUGACAUUUUGCUUUCUUUACUCCAUUUUAUGUAGAGCAAAAGGAAGAAGAAAGAAAAAUCAUUAAACUGUUCUGAAUGGGCGAGUGCAGGAAUGUGAGGCAGAUGAAAGGCUAAGCUGGUGGCUCCAAUCCCUUUCAGUAGGACAAGGUGUAUUUAUUAAACUCCUGUACCCAGAACAUUUUAAUGGCAUCCAUGGCAGAAGUCUCAGCGUUGUCAUCUGUCCCUGACCCCCUGAUGAGGCAGAAUGUUCUCUCCAGUAUUCAUUCUCUACUUUUCUGUACUUAAAAUAUAGACUGAAGAGGUAAUAACUGGUUGGGGCGUUUUUCCAGUCUUCCUAAAUAUCAGUUUCUAAUAGACCACUCGGCAAACAAUAACCUAUUAACUACCAAAUGUGUAAAAUUUCCUGUAUUCACUUUGUCUUAUUUGUAAAUAGUGAAUUGAGAUUUCUUGCAGGUCAGCAACAUUUGCUGAACUGUUUUUAAGCUAAUAUGUAUUCUUAUUGAUUGUUCCUAUCAAGAAAAGAUUUGUAAUAUAUGCUAUUUCUAACAUUGCAUUCAUUUUGAGGUUCUGUCUUAUUUUUCUUAGAGUACUUCUCAGAACAUUCUUCAGAAGCAGCUUGUGAGGGAAAUGUGCAGGAAGAUUGGAAUCAGUCUGAGUUUGGGUUGCCUGUCCAUCCACUGAACAAAGCACUUGCACAGGGUUUGGCCUUGAGUGGUUUCUGGUCCAAGAGUGAGAACAGAACAAUUUCCCAAUUCCCUCAGUGACCCCUGGGGCACCUCUGCAGUGCCUUCCCUUGCACUGCCUCCAUCCCAGCAUUCCUGAUUAGAAAUCAUGGAAUCACAAGGAGUUACAGCUCCAGCAGUUGUUUUCUUUACUGACACAAGUCAGUACUAGAAAUAAACACAAUUUCUGGCCUUCAUAUUGAUCUUGUUAAAGGAAGUUGAAGAAUUCAUGUAACCAAGGAGCUCGAGAUGGCAGACUUGAAUUUGCCAUCGUUUGUGUGGAUCCAGCAAUUCUGUGGGAGAUCCCUGGGGGUUUGGUGUGCUCAGCACAGCAAUUCCUGUGACAUUGUUCACGCUUUACCAUCAUGGUAAAGAGAAAUAUUUUAGCAUAAUAUCAAAUUGAGAAAUGCUCUCAGCAGUUUUUAUGCAAAUCACUGCAGAUUUGGUUUCUUUUAUAAGAACCAGUUCUGUGUACCUUGGGAUUCUCCCUCUUGCAAUAAAUGAGGGGACUGAAGAUGUUUUUAACUUCCAGCUCACUUCUUUACUCAAAUGGUACACUUCAAACUCAAACUGGUUGGUUUUUUUUGAAAUUUCUUAGACAUUAACAGUGCUGUUUUAAGUUUAUUUUUUACCAGUUUGUAUGUGAAAGGAAAAGGAAUUCCACUUCAACAUAUUAAAUUGACAAAGAGCAACAACUUUGCCUGUGGAAAAGCUGAUGUGUGAAUAGGACACUGGUAGUGACAAGGGAUCAUUUCAUGGCUCUGUGUAUUGCCUAUUUAUGCAUUUCUAGUUUCUCGGCUUCAUUUUGCAAAAGGAAUAUUAUUAAAAUUAUCAUGAAAAUAAGAUUCUGUGAGCUCUCUUCACUCGGGCCUCCUGUUUUUGUGGCACUUCUGGUACCUUCAGGCCUCACCUUUUGAGCUCUACCCUGGGCAGCAGCUGGGGAUUGGAUCCUGCAGAGACCCUGGGGAUGAGCCAGAGCACGGGAUGGGCACGGGGGGUGCCAGGUGGAGCCCAGGGGAUCCCAGAUGGAGCUCAGAGGAUCCCAGGUGGAGUCCAGGGGAUCCCAGCAGAGCACAGGGGAUCCCAGGGGAUCCCAGAUGGAGCCCAGGGAAUCCCAGCAGAGCACAGGGGGAUCUCAGAUGCAGCUCAGGGGGAUCCCAUGUGGAGCACAGGGGAUCCCAGGUGGAGCCCAGUGGGAAGGACUCACCCCAAACCCUCCAGGGAGGUUUGUGUCCCCCUGGCUGCUGCAGGACCAGGACUCUCUGCUCCCCACCCAGACCCCAGAGCAGUUCCCAGUGGUUUGGGACAGCCUUGCCUUUGAGGUGGCCUCUCCAGCACUUCACUCCAGGUGGAGAACUUGGCCAGCUCAUGCUCAGCAUCUUCUGCACACCAGGAGUGCAGCUGAGCUGGACCUUGCUGAGCCUGAGCUCUUCCCUUGCUCAGACCCCAGAGACCCUCCAGAGCUGCUCCUCCCAUCCAUCCCCCAGUGCUCAGCAGGAUUAUGUGGAAUUUUCAAUGUGUACAAGAAAUCUCAAGUGUUUCUUUGAUACAAUGAAACAAAACAUUCUCUUAUUCUUCUUCCCCUUCAUUUUUGAACUCCCAAAGCAGCAAUUCAGUGAUUGUUUUGAAAGCAGCAAAGUUCUGUUUGAAAUUAUUUGAAAGGGCAGAUAAACUCUGCCAAUCCCUUCCCUGAUCCUGUAGUCUGGGUGUUCAUCACAGAACUGGGAAGGGUUUGCUCAGUGGAAACAAUUUUUUGUGCCUCACUGUAACUCAUUAGAGGGUUUCUAUUAAUGAGACACAUUAAUUUUCUGGGCAUCUUCUCCGUGCCAGCUGCUGGGUGUGCAAUGUGUGAGUGGCUUUACCUGGGGAAUCAGAGUUUACAUCAGGAAAUCCUAUGAAAUUGUGACCCCACAGGGGUGGCAGGAGGAAUCUGGCACUUGGUGCAACUCUGCUCUCAUUUAAAAUACUCCCAAAAAUUUGUGUCUCCAUUUUGGCUGGGAAUUAUUGUUGCCCUUGAAGUUUUAAGUUAAUCCAAAGAAGGAAAAGGCAGUUUGAACUGAGAGUGCAAAGUGCCCAGUGUGAGCUGUCCUGCCAUGGAAUUCCUGGUGAUGAGAGGAAAUUCAACAGCUAAAUGGGCUCGGGGCUUUUAUUUAGCUGUGCCCUGGAAUUAAGGGGCCUCGAGCAGAGUAAGGCAGAGCUACUAUCCAAAAAAAAGGGGAUUUGCCCAACUUCUGCAAACAGAAAUGCUCAGUGAAGUGUGGAGAGGUUGUUCCUCUGUGUGGGAUGUCACUGUGACACUUCACUGUGACACUCUUUAUGCUGGAUCAAACAUUUUGAGCUACUGGAAAAGUCCCUAAAAUGAGCCCAAAUUUCUGUUUUAUCACCUGGUUUUGGCUGACCUGGAAAAGUUUAGGUUAUUGCAGCAGUAUUUUGAAUCUGUGUCUGUGGUGUACUGGGAAUUGGCUUUUCCCAGCUGGCUUUUCCUUGUUUUUCUCACUCUCUUCCUCAGAAAAAAAGCAAUAAAACUGCUUUGUCAUUUGCCUGUCAGCAUGACAGGAGUCCUUUCCUUAGGAAAACGAUUUUAUAGGGAAGUUUGUAUGCAAAUCACAAGCCUAGCUUUUAAAAACAAACUGCAGCAGUUCCUGACAAUAUAGAGUGUGGCAUUUUAUUUUAAAAAAUUGGGGAAAGUUCCAUAUUUUUUUAAGGAGUAGCUGUUUGAGCAAAUAACGGAGGUACUUUUUUAAAAUAAAAAUGUAAAUGCCACAGUUUACACAGAUGGCACGUAUGGAUUGUAUCUUUGGGUAUGGUGAUUUAUUUUGUCUUCUCAAAGUGUGUGUGCAGUAACUCUUCCAUCUACUUCCACUUGGCUUCUGGGGAUCCUUUUUUCUGUGCUUCCUGAUGCAUCAGGAUUGAAACAGCUUUCCAAAAUUGCAGUUAAUUUGGGAAUCUUUAUUAGAAGUGGACUCUGAGAUGUAUGAAAUGCAGCUUGGACCUUUUCUGUUGAGUGAAAUCACAGCUCGAGGCUGCUGUCUUUAGAAUUUAUGGGGUUUCUACAAAGAGAGGUACUGGAAUAUUUUGUGAGCUGGACUUUGGCAGGAUUCAGUCUGGAGUGAGCUCCCCUGGCACAUCUGUGCUCACCUGCAGUGGGGGUUUUUUAGGCUCAGAACACCAGGACACAUGUAAAUAAUCCUAUACAGAUUUGUGCAGUGCAAAGCUUGUUUUACAUGUAAACAUUCUCCUGGAAGGGUUAAAUCAUGGCAUUCUUCGAUUCUUCAAUUAUUCCUGCUUCCAGUACUGGAGCUGGCUCAUUUUGCACAUAAUAAACUUGCCUCAUCUUUUAAUAUGGUUCUUAAAAAAAACCCAAGUGCUGUUUCUGUGAUAUUGUAUUAUCUGAAUCAUCCUAUUUAACUUUUUUUUAAAAAAACGUUAUUGUUUCGAAUUGUUCUGUUCCUGUGGUUUUUUUGCUGGUGUGUAAUUAAAAUCAAAAUUUUCUUUCCCUGGUUAUUUAA